AUGAAUUUGUCGGGGAGGUUUUUCGUGAAGUCUAAUUACAUACGGGCUGCAAAAGAUGACUGGGUUCUUUGUGAUGUAAGGCUACUUACGGAUGAUACGGACACUUUUUUGUGUAUCAAAUCAUUACCAUCCUCGAUACUAUUGAAUGGAACGAACAGUUAUUUAGAGAAUGAGGAUGGAAAGCUCCCCGAGAAAAGUCCGUAUCGCAUUGAGAAUUUUGCCACAAGACCAUUUACUGCUUUGUGCAACCUUAGCGAAUACAAGUCAUGUUCUAUGAGAACAGAGGCUGUCAAUUCAAGUGCUUCUUUUGCACUAAAGCUUGUCCCAUCCGGUGUUUUCGGAAACAAAAAGCUUCUCAUUGCUACAGAAGAUGAAAAUGAAAUAACUACCUGGCUAGCGAUUUGCAAAACAUGCAUAGGCAAGAAGUCAAGAAACGGUUCAUCUGCCCACAGAGACUUAGGAUGUAAUCUUGGAACGCUAAGCAAAUCUGGCAGCUUUAUGUCUCUAAAACCCAAUUCGCAGGCUUGUGAAAGCGAAUUUGAUGAUGCGUUGAUGGACAAUGAAGUUUAUGAAGCAUACUCUUCAGAGGAUAAGAUUCCUGCAAUACUUGAAGAAGCUGGCGACUGGGUGAAAUUACACUUGUGUCAACCAGACUGUUAUCUACGUCUAACAACAGAUCGUUUGGAAGUUUUGGAUUAUUACAGUCAUAAACCGGUUCAUUGGUUCCCCUACCUUCUGAUUCGUAGAUUUGGCGCAGCUAAUGGUGUAUUACGUGUUGAUGCUGGUAGACGAUGUUCUACUGGGGAUGGAAAAUUCUUUUUUCGGUGUAGUCCACCAAAUGGACAACCAGUUGAUGCAUUAGUCACACAAAUACGUCAACUAGCUUUGGAAGCUAAACAACGUACAAAGCGUAGUCAAUUAACUUCUAGUAAUUUAGAAUUACACGUCAAUAACAACAACUGUGAUGAUAAUAAUAAUAAUAACGGUGAUGUAAACAGUACAAAUCAUAUCAAAGGAUCAUUAUUAUCUCAUACUGGAGAUAAUUUAAAUAAUGAUCAGAUAGAAAGUAUCCACGGAACAUUACCACGUGCACGAAUGAAACGUUCAAAAGUACCAGGUGAAAAUCUAACUUCACGUUCCAGCUCAAAUAAUAUUAAUGGCUGCGUUAAGGGCGGCAGCGGUAGCGGCGGCGGUGAUGGUGAUGAUGGUGGUGGUGGUUGCCAUAAUAGUACUGAGUGUACACCUCCUAAAGCCACUCCAGAACUAUCAGAUGAGCUUGAUUCAAAUCUGCCAGCUUCUAGUGUAAAUGAUACGGAAGUGUUUAAAGCAACACCUUGUAAAGGAACAAAAAGUAAUCCAGAACCAGUGAAUACAUCAUAUCUUUAUGAUAAUUUACCUCGUCCACCACGUCGUGCUUCACGUUUACCUGGAGCUGUGAAUGUACUUCCAUUGCCAACACGUAGUAGCAGUAGCAAUAGUAAACAGAAAGAUUUCAACUUGUCAAUAAACUCCUCAAUAACUAGUACAAAUAACUCACGAAAUUCUACAGAUACUCUUGAUGAUUUAGUGAAAUUAAAUUCGCGACAUAUUGCCUCUUCUACUGCUUCAUCAUCAAUACCUUCAACAACAGUGUCACCUGCAAUUACUCCGAUUACACCAUCAAUAACAUCAACAUUAGCAUUAACUCCAUUGUCUAUGUCUUCAUCUUCUCCAUUUAUAACGUCUAGAUUAAGUUCUACAUCUUCAUCAUCCCCAACUUCAAGUCUAAAUAAUCAGAAAGUGGAAACUCCAAUUAUUCCACCACACUCUUCAAUAAUAGCACUUAAUCAUGUUCCACCGUACAGUAAAAAUCAUGAAAUGAAUACUACAACAGCAUCAUCAUCAUCAUCAAUAAAUUUUAUAGACAGUACAGAAACAAAGUCAAGUGAAACAUGUUCUAAUCCACCUUCACCUUCUUCUUGUCAAUUAACAACAAUAAUGACAACAUCAACAACCGUAUCGACUACAUCAUCAUCUAAUUCUAUGAAUAAUUCAAAUCAUAUUAUUAAUGGAUUACAUGAGAAUGGUAUAAAGAAUAGGCAAAAACCUCCUUGUUUAUCACUUCCUAUGACAUCAUCAUCAUCAUCAUCUCUACAAUCACCAAUAUUUACAGUCAAUAAUACUGCCAAUAACAAUAGUGAUUAUGAUAAUAAUAAUAAUAAUAAUAAUAAUACUGAAUCAAAAAUGGAUAUUCACAAAUCUUCAAAUAAAUUAACACACUCGACAGGACUAAUGCGGGUACCCUUAUCAACGAAUAAACAAUCAGAUACUGAUCAACAAUUCCACUCACAGCAACAAUCACAGCCACCCCAACAACAACAACUACCAAGUAAAUUAUCCCAUUUGACUAAUUCAAAAACUAGUUCAGCUUCACUAUAUCUACGUGGACCUCAUCCAACUUCAAAACCGGAAAUUAAUAUCAUUUCUUCAAAUUCGCUUACAUCUUCAACUUCUUGUACAACACUGGUGACUUGUUCACCUACAAUAAACACUAUCACACAACCAAUUCCUUUACCGAUUAAAAUGGAUUCAAUAUUUCAUGCUAAAAAAUCAACUUCACGUAGAUCACAAGAGAACAAUAGUAAUAGUUUAACAUUAACUACACCAAUAACUAAUAGUUUAAAUAAAAAUCCUAUAACAAAAGAUGAUUCACGUCGAUAUUUAAGUGAAUUAGAUAGUGUAAUAAAAGAAUUGUGUGAAGCAAAUGAAGCUGCUGUACAAGCUACACGUAUAGCUGCACAACGAAGACAAUUACUUGGUGGUUGGUCAACAUCGAACAAUUCAACAUCAACAAAUGAAUCAAAACCUAUACCUAUCUCAAAUAGUACAAAUGCUUAA